UCGGCUGUGUAGUGCUAGAGUGCGUCACCAUAUCAACAUGGCUGAACGAUUACUCCUCACCUGUGUAUGUUGUUGCAGGUUAGCUGUGUCUGUGUUGUGUUCUCCUCACCUGUGGGUGUUUUCAGGGGAGAGUGCGGAUGUGGAGCAGGCUAGAGAGGAGUGGGAGGCUCUAGAGAGUAUCCAACCAGUGGUCAGUGAGGAGUCCAGUCCCACCCCUCUCAUCUCCUUUAACGAGGCGCUGCAGCACUUCCAGACUACAGACCUUGGAGAGCUGCUGAAGAAGAUCCAGCCCACGAUUCACAGGACGGGUCUGGCCACUUUCACACACUUCCUGUUCGGCCCGCCGCGACUUCACCGAGAACUACUGGAGGAGAGGGACCUGGUCUUUGCCAUCGCACAGUGUUCUCUGGAUAACAGUCAGGCUGUACACCUGCGUGUUCUACAGACCAUCUAUAAGAGGCUGACAGGCAGUAAGCUGGACUGUCCUCGGUUCGGCACACACUGGGAGAAUGUGGGCUUUCAGGGUACGGACCCAGCCACAGACCUGCGUGGUACAGGUUUCCUGGGGUUGAUGCAUGCCUUGUACCUGGUAAUGGACCCUGAGACGCUGCCUUUAGCCAGAGACAUCUUCAAGCUGUCCCAGCACCCCACACAGAACUUUCCUUUCUGUGUGAUGUCCAUCAAUAUGACCUGUAUCGCCCUGCAUGCACUCAGAGAAGAGGCCCUCUCCAAGGAGUGUAACCGUCGUCAGCAGGUAGUGGGGGUAUUGAAUGAGUUCUACGUUGCCACAUUCCUGCACCUCUACCAGCUGUGGAAGAGCCAGCAGAAGACCAUCUCUGACUCCGGCUUCGUCCUGAAAGAAAUGGAGCUGUUUGCCAAAAAGAACCCCAAGCAGAUGCUGCGUCGACUGGACGUCUUCUUGAGGGAGAGGAGGUACCCGGACCCCACGGCCCAGCGACCCUCACCCUGCCUGGGGGGGAGAGGGGCCAGGUCUGUGGGAACCAGGGGCAAGGAGAUGCACUUCACUGGAGUGUGUGAGCUACCACUGAACAUGGAGGGUGAGGCCAGGCUCAUCUGACACACAGAGAGUCUGUGAGUACGGAUAGGCUAGUCUGAGCUAGAAAGAGAGUGUGUUUGUGUCAGUUGUAUGUGUAGGGACCCCACCAAGCUUUGACCCACUCCCUGCGGUCCUUUCCCAUUGAUGCUGUAAAACUGCUGUCAGAUCAGUUUGUAACAGAAGUUCUUGUCGGUGAGGCAUGGGACUGAUGGAUGAAUAAAAUAUGUCAUUAAAUAGAGAGAGAGAGAAUGAAAGGUUAGCAUUUCAAGGACUGGUGUGGGUGCAGGCUUUGCUCCAGACAAGCAGUAGCGCACCUGAUUCUACUAAUCAUCCAAUCAUAGUUGGUUUAUUGAGGCCAAAUCAGAAGCUGCCAAACCCCAGGGCUUCUAUCUGUCUGCAGCCCUAGUAGAGUUCUGGAAGGGUGUAGUGUCAUUGACUGUCUUCUACUGUCAGCAGAACUGUGUGUGCGUGCACUAGGUAUGGAGAUUAAGGUGUGUGUUUGCUAUAGGGAGUUGGAACAGUGAGGCCUGUGUUUCUGUAGUCAGGUCGAUGUGUCUGGGUUCGGAUGGUUCUUGUCCCAGUGCAGGUUAAAUAGGCGUGUGUGUGUGUGUGUGUGUGUGUG